GUUCGCGCCUUCUAAACGAUUGGGAAGCGGCUGCCAUAGGACUAAAAUUUCACAGUUUCAUCAAUUUUCUCUUAGAGACUGCAAGUUGUACGGACAUAUUUCCUUAUAUGAGGCAAGUUGACAGAUCCUGGACAGCUUCAGAUCAGUUUCAACCAAGGUGUUGCACCCUGUUUCAACAUGUGAAAUUUGUCUGUUUCAAGCGGUUCUAAAUCAUGUGAACAACAUGUCGAAAUCUGUCCUAUGAACAGUAGUACUGAGAAAGCAUAGGAAAUGUGAAAACUGAAGUGAACAGAAUGAGUUUGCCAUCAGAAUCUGGGGCUUUUGAACAGGCAUUUGAAGCCUGGCUGAACCAGUCCAAGAGUGGCGAUGGAGACAGUGACACUGAAGAUGAGGUGAUGUUGGUAGAUACAAACAACAACAGCGACACUGACACAGAGUUGUCUCCCUUCUCAUCCUAUCAAUCUCCGCAAUCAACACAGAUGAAUCCAGCAAGUCUAGUCAGCAGGCGUAUGAAGUCCACCACACGUCAGCGAUUUCAUGCAUAUAAGGCAGUCAUAAGGAAAUACUCCCGCAAGCGAUGGGUCCGUUGUAAGAAAAGCCUCAGCCCUGGCAGCCAGACAGAUGACAGCGGAGUUGUGUCCCCUGGAUGUGACACCUCUGUAGGGAUUGGAAAGGAUAUGAUGUUGGAAGAAGAAAGUGAAGGAUGUCUUAGUGGUGAUGACUCGCCACCCAACAUCCAAGAUGACUUCUCCAGCAGUAACUGUUGGCCCCCAGGCAUGCCCUACUCGCAACACCUGGAAGGUAAUUUCCAUGAACACCCCCCUGAACUCACUCCUAGCCUUCAGCUCCCAAAUAACACAACUGCUUCUGUGCAGGGAGAGGAGGAGGAUUCACUCAGUCAGCAAUCAAAAUCAGUUGGAGAUUCUCAUCUGUCGUCUGUGAAAAUCAAGAAACAAUCUUUUCCUAAAUCAAAAACAGUCGGUGAUAAAAUGUGCAAUUCCUUAUUGGAAACAUUAUGUUUUCGCUCCCAAAGACGCUCAUAGAUCAAAGAAAACAAGUAGCAAGCACUGCUUAGCUUCUCUUUCUGCCUCAGAUCGAGGAGAAGUCAGUGAGAAGUAAUGGCUGCCAUCAGUUAGAAUCUGCCAAUGGAAAGCUGGUCACAAGCAAGAUUGAUUCUUGUUCAGGUAUUGGUUCAGAC